AUGGCGGACGACUUUCGCCCCGGGAAGUCCUACUUCUGGAUCUUCUUCACCGUCAGCACUCCACUCACGGUCGUGAUCAUCUUUUUCCUGGUCUUGAACCAGAACUGGGAGUACUGGCAGGACCGUGGCUGGCUGGUGUUGAAUAUCAGCACUCAACGGCGGGCUCCCCAAGCAAGACAACAGCAUGUAACACGGUCGAAGCAUGGGGAGCUCCCCUUGUGA